AUGGCCACCAUCACCUGCACCCGCUUCACGGAAGAGUACCAGCUCUUCGAGGAAUUGGGAAAGGGAGCCUUCUCGGUGGUGCGCAGGUGUGUGAAGGUGCUGGCUGGCCAGGAGUAUGCUGCCAAGAUCAUCAACACCAAGAAACUCUCAGCCAGAGACCAUCAGAAGCUGGAGCGUGAAGCCCGCAUUUGCCGCCUGCUGAAGCACCCCAACAUCGUGCGGCUCCACGACAGCAUCUCCGAGGAGGGGCACCAUUACCUGAUCUUCGACCUGGUCACCGGCGGGGAGCUGUUUGAGGACAUCGUGGCCCGGGAGUACUACAGUGAGGCCGAUGCCAGUCACUGUAUCCAGCAGAUCCUGGAGGCCGUGCUGCACUGCCACCAGAUGGGGGUGGUGCACCGGGACCUGAAGCCGGAGAAUCUGCUGCUGGCCUCCAAGCUCAAGGGCGCUGCGGUGAAACUGGCAGACUUUGGCCUGGCCAUAGAGGUGGAGGGGGAGCAGCAGGCAUGGUUUGGGUUUGCCGGGACGCCUGGAUACCUCUCCCCAGAAGUGCUGCGGAAGGACCCGUACGGGAAGCCCGUGGACCUGUGGGCCUGCGGAGUCAUCCUGUACAUCCUGCUCGUGGGCUACCCCCCGUUCUGGGAUGAGGACCAGCACCGCUUGUACCAGCAGAUCAAAGCCGGCGCCUAUGAUUUCCCAUCACCAGAGUGGGACACCGUCACCCCAGAAGCCAAGGAUCUCAUCAAUAAGAUGUUGACCAUCAACCCGUCCAAACGCAUCACGGCAGCCGAGGCCCUCAAGCACCCCUGGAUCUCGCACCGGUCCACCGUGGCCUCCUGCAUGCACAGACAGGAGACCGUGGACUGCCUGAAGAAGUUCAACGCCAGGAGAAAACUGAAGGGAGCCAUCCUCACCACGAUGCUGGCCACCAGGAACUUCUCUGGAGGGAAGAGUGGAGGAAACAAGAAGAAUGACGGUGUGAAGAAAAGAAAGUCCAGUUCCAGCGUUCAGUUAAUGGAAUCUUCGGAGAGCACCAACACCACCAUUGAGGACGAAGACACCAAAGUGCGGAAACAGGAAAUUAUAAAAGUGACAGAGCAGCUGAUUGAAGCCAUAAGCAAUGGAGAUUUUGAGUCCUACACGAAGAUGUGUGACCCCGGGAUGACAGCCUUCGAACCCGAGGCCCUGGGGAACCUGGUCGAGGGCCUGGACUUCCAUCGAUUCUAUUUUGAAAACCUGUGGUCCCGGAACAGCAAGCCUGUGCACACGACCAUUUUGAACCCCCACAUCCAUCUGAUGGGCGACGAGUCAGCCUGCAUCGCCUACAUCCGUAUCACUCAGUACCUGGACGCCGGCGGCAUCCCCCGCACGGCCCAGUCGGAGGAGACCCGCGUCUGGCACCGCCGGGAUGGCAAAUGGCAGAUCGUCCACUUCCACAGAUCUGGGGCGCCCUCUGUCCUGCCCCAUUGAAGGACCAGGCGGGGGC